GUUAACUCGAAAGUUGUUACCUUGUAGCGCAAUCGAGGAGCGAGUGACGCUUCCGGGGGCUUCAACGCGAAGCUUCAGCAUGUGAGUCCUGGAUUUGAUCGCAGCUGCUAGAGCGUGUUUAUGGACUGGACUGACCCGGGAAAAAUGCCACUGAAGAGAGAAUGCUUGGUUCUUUUGCUCGUCUUGUCGUGGGUCAGUUCCCUGCGCGCUCAGGAUGAGAACCAUGUGAUGUUUUCACUGGGAACCUUCCAGAAUGUGAGUGUCCCAGUCAACGGGACGGUUAAAGCUGUCGUUUCCCGGAUUCCAGCUGAUGUUUCCUUCUUAACCCUGCAGUUUCAUACACAUCACCGCAAUGUUACACUCUCAUAUACACCGAUCCCACUUUAUGGUUUUUCGGUCACGGCAGCAGAUGCUGGUCUGUUAUCCACCUUGACACUUAGCCAGACCGAUGUCUCGUGGUUCCUGAAGACGCCCGAUGGGAGCAGCACUGCUGGAGUUGGUGUGAUUUUGCCGUACACCAGCGCUGAUCCCGUUCCUGGAGCCUGCAAUCAGGUAUUCCCGCUGGAGAUUGAUCCAAACAUCUACCUGGAAUACAACCUGUUUGAGACCACGAUUACCUUUGCGCCUGCUAACAUCGGAUACGAAAGAGGGGAGAGUCCGCCGGCGUGUGACGUGGACAUGGGCUCCAGCACUCGUUGGCGAUUGGUGUAUGAGCUGUAUCAGUACUUCCUGCCGGAAGGCGACCUAUCAGAGCAGAGUCUGAUCAGCGGUUUGGAGAGAGCGGCCAAUGUGCAGAACGUGCUAGACAACAGCAGAAAGGUGGUGUCUUUAUCCUCUCGUGACCGGACGCAGUUCUCCUUCAGCUCUCUGUCCGGUCAGGGUGUGAUUUUCAGUGUAAUUGUGCGAGAUCCAAUGUUGAACACAUCAGCGUCUUACGUCCCCGUCCACACGUACGCCUGCAGCUUCAACUCCACGCUGGACGGAUGCAGUGAUUUAGGGAGAGUUUCUACUAAAGUGUUUUUCACUGUGAUUGGUUUGGCCGGGCUGUUUGUGUGUUUCGUGGGUCACCGCUUCUUCAAAUGUGAGCUGUUCUGUAUGGGAUUCUGCUUUAUGGCGUUUGUCUUCUUUGUCCUGAUCACCACAACCACAGCGCUGGAAUAUGACAUUCGAUUGGCUCUGACAGCGCUGAUGGGCGUGGUCGGGGGUGUGGCUAUGGUGAUGAGCUGGUGGCGGUUCGGUUCGGUCAUGGCCUGUGUGUUGGUGGUAGGACUCAUUCUUGGAUUUCUCAUCUCAUCCAUUGCCUUCUUCACUCCACUUGGCGAUCUUCCUGUAUUCCAUAAUGAUGUGGUAUUCUGGGUGGUGUUUGUUUGCAUUAUGGUGUUUGUUCCUCCGUUCUUCAUCAGGUGGCCUAGAGAGGGCAAUAUAAUUACAUGUGGUAUGGUCGGCGGGUAUGCAGUGGUCCUGGCCGUCAACGACUACACCUACACCAGUCUGUCCUACAUCACGCUGGACGUCCUCAAACGCCUCCUCAACCACAACUUCAGCCGAGCGUUCAUCUCCGUCCCGCUGCAGGACAUCGAUUUCAUCCUGAUCACCUUGUGGGUCGUUAUGGGGGUUUCGGGGAUUGUCAUGCAGCUGUAUCGGGAGAAAUCACGGCCGUUUUUCCCGCCGAGCCCGUAUGUGAUGUGGAAGCAAGACCGAGAGCGCAGGAAGACCAACGUUCUGGAUCCCAGCCACCACAAGCCAUCUUUAUCAGCCCGAAUCCUCGGACGCAUUCGCCAGCUCACACAGCACGCAGAACCAGCCGGAGAAACCACACCGCUACUACUUUAACCUUUGACCUUUGACUUGAAGUCAGUUCACUGUUAGUUCUUCCCCUCCAGAUAACGGCUGCUCAAGCCUGUUGGAAACAUAUUGCAAUAUACAUGAGGAUUGAGCUUGAUCUUUAGAGCCUAAAGACUUCGAUGAGUAACCGAUGGAGGAUAAAAGAGCAGCUCACACACGGUGAAGACUAUGUGCACUUGUGUGUGUGUUCCCAGCAGUGCUUGAUCCCAUUGCUGUUUCCAGAUAAUUAAUUAACUGACCUCUACUGUAACUAUAUACAUCAGCUGCCACAGUGUGCUUUUAGAUGCAUUUUAGCAGCAUAGAGGAAACGUUCAGUGAUUUUGGAGAUUUUUAAACUUUUUUUUUACUACGUCUGGUUAGUAUAUGAGUGAAUGAGAGAUUUUUAAAGAUGUUCACCAUUAAAAUGAAUGUUUAAGAUGCUGCGAUUGCAGACCAAAUGAACCGGUGUUCAUUAGUAGCCACUAUAAGCCUCUACGGCUGAUGUUUGAGUGUUUUCUGUGUCUGAGCGCGUAUGAGUCUCAGUGGAUCCUCACUGGGGUUUGGAGAUCAUGAUAGAAAUAAUGAGCUUAUUUUGACAGUGUUCCUGUGGGAAUUUGACUGCUGCUUCGCUGCGCUGGUGUACAACACUCAAUAACGAGGAUUUUAAAUGCGGUGUAAGAUGAAUCUUGAGUGUUUUUCUGUGCUUUAUAAAUGGAUGUGUAGCUCUUACGGAGACACAAACCCAAGUAAGAUCUCUGACAGACUCCAGCUUAGUAAAUCAGUAGUUUUGCAUUAAUCAUGGAUUCAGUCCUGGUUUCCUCUCAGGGUUUCUUCAUGUGAUCUUUGUGUCUUUCACAGAAGCAAACUUUUUCUAAAGCAUUUAAAACAUAUAGUGAUGUUAAAAUAGUUUUUUAGCAGUAUGCAUUAUCUCUGUUUUGUAAUUUAAAUAAUUGUCUAAAUUAAAUGUUUAAUAAAGUUGUCAUUUGUGCCAUAA